AGGUAAAACGUUGAAAUUCUGCUUCAUAACUGUCAAAAUGUUUGUAAAACCUUUGUUAAUCUUGGUGCUGGUUGCCCAAUGCUUAUGUUACAAAUGGAAUGAGGAAGGCCAAUAUUUUAAUAGAGUGUGCCAGAAAAUUAACGCGGCCUAUCAGCAAAGCAAACUGAGUUACACUCAAAUUGAUAGUCGAAUGGACAUAUGUUUGAAUGCUCACGUCAAUGAAGGAUCAAUGAAAUCUUAUGUUAUGAGGGCCAUGACGGAUAAAAACUACAACACCAAUAAUGCAUAUAAUAACACAUUCAGACAAGCGUCAUGCAACGUCGACAGCUUCCACAACUACAUCUACUGUAUGGAAGGAUUGUUCAGAUAAUGAUUUUAGAAACCAUUGUUGUUGUUGUAUGUGAUUGAUUAAUAAACUCCUGCAACUGUA